CAUACACACACUCACAUAGAGACUCACAAACAGACAGCAACAGCAGGGCCCAGCAGACAAAGUCAGGAUGUGACAUCAUACACAGGAAGAGGAGCCAAACAACUUUUUCUUUCUUUACUGUGUUGUUUGUGCUGGUGAGUGAAGCUGGAGCUUCUUGGUUUGUUAGUAGCCAGCAGGGAGGGAAAGGACCCAGAGGAUCCAGACAGGGCAAAUCAACUGGAGCUGAUUUCCACACGGAGUUUAAAGCCAAAGGGACUGAAGCCCAGUGAGGGAUUUCAGCCAGAGUAAUGUCCCUCCAUUUGAAAAUAACACCUUGCUGCAGUCUUCACAUGACAGACACUGACCCCCAGUGACCCGAUCUCAGAGCUUUAACAAGCCUUUCUCAGGAAGCUCCUGCUUUUUUCAGCUCAUUCUCCCCAUAUCUCAAGGGAAAACAUCUGAGCCAAUGGCAUUGUGUCUUGGACAAGUGUUCAGCAAAGACAAAACUUUCAGGCCGAGGAAGCGGUUUGAGCCUGGCACCCAACGUUUUCAACUCUACAAGAAGGCCCAGGCCUCGCUCAAAUCUGGCUUGGACCUGAGGAAAGUGGUUCAGUUGCCAGAGGGGGAGAACAUCAACGACUGGAUUGCUGUUCAUGUGGUAGAUUUCUUUAACAGGAUCAACCUGAUUUAUGGCACGAUGAGCGAGUAUUGCACUGAGCGCACAUGCCCCAUCAUGUCUGGGGGGCUGAGGUACGAGUACAGAUGGCAGGACGGUGACGAUUACAAGAAACCCACCAAGCUGCCUGCUCUCAAGUACAUGAACCUGCUGAUGGACUGGAUAGAGUCGCUCAUCAAUAAUGAGGACAUCUUCCCCACCAGAAUAGGUGUACCUUUCCCAAAGAACUUCCAGCAGGUGUGCAAGAAGGUCCUGAGCCGUCUCUUCAGAGUGUUUGUGCAUGUUUACAUCCAUCACUUUGACAGCAUCUGCAGCAUGGGUGCAGAGGCCCACAUCAAUACCUGCUACAAGCACUACUACUACUUCAUCUCAGAAUUCAACCUCAUUGAUCACUCUGAAUUGGAGCCCCUGAAGGAGAUGACAGAGAAGAUAUGCAAAUAAACAACACCACAUGGACAAAGGACUUUAAAUUUUGAUGUUGUCUGAGCCCUGUGAGAAAACAUCAGCUUCAAAACACAAAACUAAGAACAACUGAACAAAAUGUUGUGUGAGUGGAUUUCUAAGAAAAACUGGGUAGGUCUUAUCACACUUCUUCAGAUGGUGGCAGUGCAACUUGAUAGAGGUUUUUGCUUACAGUCAUUGUGGUACUGUCAUGUCAUCAUUAUACUCUGUGUUGGUUUAUAAAACUGCAUUUGCUGUACUCAUGCUCUUCUUUUCCUUUGUGCAUAUGUUUUUAUUUGAGCUUUGAUAUGCAGUGUUGUCUUAUUUUUUAUAAAUGAAAGUUUGUAUUUUAUGUUUUUGUUGUUUAAACUUGUUCUUGGGCAUAAAAUGGUUGUCUAAAAAGUGACCGAAGUUAUUGUAAGCCUUACGUUAAUGGACUGCACCAUCACCAAAUAUGAAACAAAACUGCACCAUGUCUGUCUACAUUACUGAAUUAUACACUGAAUCACAGUUUGGAAAAACAAAACAGCAUAGAUGUAGCGUCAUUUUUCAUCACUUAUUUGCUUUAAAGGUUUGAUCUGAUCUGCUAGCCAAAUAUAAGCAGUUUCAUACCAAAACUAACACACAAAGACAGAUUUAAUUGGAAAAAAGUAGAGAUAAAUGUAGACAGGG